AUGGAAAAGUCAGUUAUAAGUGAAACAUUAAAGAAAUGCAAGGAAGAGACUCUGUGGGGAAUGUUUAUAGCUGAUGCUGUGGCUAUGCCUGUUCACUGGUAUUAUAACACUGAUGAUAUUAAAAAUGGUUACAGGGGCUGGUUAACCGGUUACAAUGCACCUAAUAACCAACAUCCUACUAGUAUCCUAAACAUAUCUAAUUCAGGAGGAAGUGGUAGAGCUAUUUGGGGUAAAAAGUCAGAAGAAGUAAUAGGAAAUGUCAUAUUACAUGAUAAAUUAAAAUAUUGGACUAGUAAAGAUAGAAAAAUCCACUACCAUCAAGGAAUGAGUGCAGGAGAUAAUACUUUAAAUCCAACAAUGGCUUUACAGAUAUUAAAAACCAUGAAUAGAGUUGACCAGUACGUCACUAAACCUGAUAGUGAUGUAAGAGAGGCAGUUAUGGAAGAUUAUGUAAGAUUUAUGACAACUCCUAAUUCUCAUAAUGACACUUAUUGUGAAUCAUUUCACAGAUCAUUCUUUAAAGACUGGAUUUCUACAGAUAAACAUCCGAAAACUGGACAGGAAAUUGUUGGUUUUGCUGAAGACAGAUUGAAGACUUACUCUAAACAUCAUGAAGAUCAUCAGCUUUUAGCUAUUGGUGCCUUAAUUCCUGCAAUACCUUGGGUUGUUAGAACUGUUCAUCUGUCAGAAAAGGAAUGUGCCAAAUCAGCAGUGGAAUUCUUAAAACUAACUCAUCCUGUACCAUCCUUAUAUCCUCUGGUAGAAAUUUACAGCCGUUUAUUACACAGUGUUAUGAAUGGUAAAGAUUUAAGAACACAGAUUUUAAAAGUUGCAGACGAUCCAUUAUUUGGAGGCGCCAGAUUCAAAAAACAGUUACUGGCCUAUUCAGAGUUGGCUCAAACGAAAAUUGCAGGAUCUGAAGCAAGACUGGAAGUAUAUCAAAAAGCAAUUUCAAACCUUGGAAUGGCAUGUUACAUUGAUGGUGCUAUGAAAUCUAUGUUAUUUUUAGCUUAUGAGUUUCAUGAUGAUUUUGAAGGUGGUAUUUUAGCAAAUGCUAAUUGUGGAGGUGAAAAUUGUCACCGUGGUGGAGCUCUUGGUGCAUUGUUAGGAGCUGCUAGUAUUUAUACUAAUAUAUCCAUACCAGAACAGUGGAAAGAAGAACUAGGAGUCAAUAAAUCACCUUUAAAGUCUGCUAUAGCUGUAAUGAAUGAGGCUUAA